CCACACUGCUGGAUAUACAUGAUCACCGUUGUAAACAGUCGUCGGGAGACAGCCGGUUGGAUCGCGAUUGAUAUAUAAAUCCUGGCAACGGGACACAUCCUCAGUGACUAUAGCCCGAUCGACUAGUUCGCGACCUGGAUCGUUGUUACCGUGCAUGACCGGUCGUUCCUCGUGCUUGGGAUUGCUCUGUCGGACAUGGAAACCAAGAUGGAGCCGCUGACACCGCCGCACACGCCGCCCACGUUGGACAGAUCGAUGCACCAGCAGCAACAGCUGCAGAUCACGUCGCCCAGGUGGAUCAGGUCGCAGCAACUGGCCGGGAGAUUCGCGCAGCAACAGCCCGGACAGGGACAGAACGUCGGUUACCACCAGGCUGCGUUUCUGGAUAAUUGGCUGAGAGGCGCUGCCCUGCUCGCUGUCAGGGGUUGUUGCCCUCAGACGACCACUCCGCAUCCUUAUCACCACCAAGGUCAUCAGGGCGUGCAUCCCGCGCUUCCGGUACCGCCUCCCGCCUCGUUCCUAGCUAGGAGACUGCCUGGUCAGAGACCCAAGAAGCAGUUCAUAUGCAAGUUCUGCAACAGGCAGUUCACCAAGAGCUACAAUCUGCUGAUUCACGAGAGAACGCACACCGACGAGAGGCCCUACUCCUGCGACAUCUGCGGCAAAGCGUUUCGCAGGCAGGACCAUCUGCGUGAUCAUCGGUAUAUCCACAGCAAGGAGAAACCGUUCAAAUGCAGCGAAUGCGGGAAAGGAUUUUGUCAAAGCAGAACUCUUGCUGUGCACAAGAUCCUUCACAUGGAGGAGUCGCCUCACAAGUGUCCGGUUUGUGCCAGGAGCUUCAACCAGAGGAGUAACCUGAAGACUCAUCUUCUCACGCACACAGACGUGCCACAGGACCUGAGAAUCGAGGCACCAGUCACACCUGAGUCCAAGAUCAACGCUUCCGCGACUGUCAGGCAGAUGGCGGAGAGGGUGAGUGGCCUGAUCCCGAUCCAGAGGACCAGCACCACCACCCCUAAGCUCGGUUUCAGUAUAGAGGACAUCAUGAGGCGUUAAACCGACCCUUUCUCCAUUUUUCUCAUAGU